AUGUUCGUCUGCUCACACUGCCACCCAGCUUCGGCCGCCAACCGCCGCGAUGCCUCCGCUGCAACAUCCGCGGUGUCUACCCCGGAAUCCCUGAGCCGGAGUUCCUCUACGUCCGUCUCCUCGUACAAUGACCGGUUGGCCCCUACUUCGGUACGGCGGUUCGGGGACCGGGAUCAUGGUUCCGCUGGUGGACGGGUAGAGAAUAACCCUCGCCGGACAUAA